AUGUCUCAAUGUUGUACGUGUUCAAGAGUCAUUCAGAAAUCUUUUCUGGACAUAGUGGAUCAUCCAGUUAUAAAAGAUAAAGUAUACAUGAAAACGAUUACGGUUUUUCAUAUUGGGUCAGACGAACAUCAGGACAUUGAUGUUGCAAUCCUUACAGCAUUGUUAAAAGGCACGAAUGCAUCUGCAUUUGACCAGCUUGUUCUUACACUUGCGUGGGACAGAGUCGACAUAGCCAAAAAUCAUGUUUUUGUUUAUGGGCAACAAUGGCUGGUUGGCUCUUUGGAACAGGCUAUGUUAGAUGCCCUUGUGAUGGAUAGAGUUGCGUUUGUGAAACUUCUGAUUGAAAAUGGAGUAAGCAUGCACAAAUUUCUUACAAUUCCCAGGCUGGAAGAACUUUAUAACACAGGAAACCUGCCUCCAGGGUAUAAAAUCAACCUGAUCGAUGUGGGCCUGGUUAUUGAAUAUCUGAUGGGAGGAACCUAUAGAUGCACUUAUACAAGAAAACGCUUUAGAGCUAUAUACAACAGUCUCAGCGGGAACAAUCGGCGAUCUGGGCGAAAUCCUUCAAAUACCACUCCUCAGAUGUGUAAAAGCCAUGAAUCCUUUGGGAACAGGGCAGACAAGAAAGAAAAAAUGCGCCAUAAUCACUUCAUCAAAACAGCGCAGCCGUACAAACCAAAGAUUGACACUGGUGCAGAAGAGGGAAAAAAGAAAAGAACCAAAGAUGAAAUAGUAGACAUAGAUGAUCCUGAAACAAGACGUUUUGCUUACCCUCUCAACGAGCUGUUACUGUGGGCGGUGUUAAUGAAGAGGCAGAAGAUGGCCCUUUUCUUCUGGCAGCACGGGGAGGAGUCGAUGGCAAAAGCCUUAGUUGCUUGCAAAGUGUAUCGUUCAAUGGCAUAUGAAGCAAAACAAAGUGACCUUGUUGAUGAUACUUCAGAAGAACUGAAACAGUACUCCAACGAGUUUGGUCAACUGGCAGUUGAACUCUUAGAACAGUCCUUCCGACAAGAUGAAACUAUGGCAAUGAAAUUGCUAACGUAUGAGCUUAAAAACUGGAGCAACUCGACUUGUCUGAAGCUAGCGGUAUCAUCAAGGCUUCGUCCAUUUGUAGCACACACUUGUACACAGAUGUUGUUAUCAGAUAUGUGGAUGGGAAGGCUGAACAUGAGGAAGAAUUCAUGGUACAAAGUGAUACUGAGUAUUUUACUUCCUCCGGCUAUACUGUUGUUGGAAUAUAAGACCAAGGCUGAAAUGUCACAUAUUCCUCAAUCUCAAGAUGCACAUCAAAUGGCAAUGGAUGACAGUGAAAACAACUUCCAGAACGCAGCAGAUGAAAUACCUAUGGAGGUGUUUAAAGAAGUAAGGAUCUUGGACAGUACUUUAGAAAAGCAUGAUAUGGAGUCUCCAGCAAAACCUAAAAGACUACCAAUUACACAGAAAUUUUAUGCAUUUUACCAUGCACCGAUUGUGAAGUUUUGGUUUAAUACGUUGGCAUACUUAGGAUUCCUCAUGCUCUACACGUUUGUUGUCCUUGUAAAAAUGGAAGAGUUACCGUCCGUUCAAGAAUGGAUUGUCAUUGCUUACAUUUUCACAUCAGCAAUUGAGAAAAUUCGUGAGAUUUUUAUGUCAGAGGCUGGGAAGAUUAAUCAGAAGAUUAAAGUCUGGUUCAGUGAUUACUUCAAUAUCAGUGACACGGUUGCCAUUGUCACUUUCUUCAUUGGGUUUGCGUUAAGAUUUGGAGCAAAGGGGAAUUUUGGUGAAAACACUUACAGAGAGAACUAUGUCUUUGUUGCUGGAAGAAUAACAUACUGUCUCAAUAUCAUUUUUUGGUAUGUGCGAUUACUGGAUUUUCUAGCCGUAAAUCAACAGGCUGGCCCUUAUGUUAUGAUGAUUGGGAAGAUGGUGGCCAACAUGUUUUACAUCGUGGUGAUUAUGGCACUUGUACUACUUAGUUUUGGUGUUCCCAGGAAGGCAAUAUUGUACCCUCAUGAGGCACCGUCUUGGACUCUUGCUAGAGAUAUUGUGUUUCAUCCAUACUGGAUGAUUUUUGGUGAAGUGUAUGCCUAUGAAAUUGAUGUAUGUGCAAAUAAUUCUGAUGAAAAAGUUGCUCAUCUCUGUGGCCCAGGAACAUGGUUGACCCCGUUUCUUCAAGCUGUCUACCUCUUUGUACAGUACAUAAUUAUGGUGAAUCUCCUCAUUGCAUUUUUCAACAACGUGUAUUUGCAAGUCAAGGCAAUUUCAAACAUUGUGUGGAAGUACCAACGCUAUCAUUUCAUUAUGGCCUACCAUGAAAAACCUGUUCUGCCUCCACCACUUAUUAUUCUUAGCCACAUGGCUUCCCUGUUCUGUUGUAUAUGUAAAAGAAGAAAGACAGACAAGGCUUCAGAUGGGCCAAAACUCUUCCUGACAGAAGAAGAUCAAAAGAAACUUCAUGAUUUUGAAGAGCUGUGUGUCGAGAUGUAUUUCAAUGAAAAGGAUGAUAAAUUUCAUUCUGGGAGUGAGGAGAGGAUUCGCGUCACAUUUGAACGGGUGGAACAAAUGUGCAUUCAGAUAAAGGAAGUUGGUGAUCGUGUCAACUACAUAAAACGGUCAUUACAGUCUUUAGAUUCACAGAUUGGCCACCUGCAGGAUCUCUCUGCUCUGACUGUGGAUACUCUGAAAACACUGACUGCACAGAAGGCUUCAGAGGCUAGCAAGGUUCAUAAUGAAAUCACACGGGAAUUGAGCAUUUCAAAACAUUUGGCACAAAACCUUAUUGAAGACGGCUCUCUAAGAUCUUCUGUGUGGAAAAAGCACAGCAUUGGAAAUGUCUUCGGCUCAUUUCCGCAAGGAGGCCUUGAAAGUAAUAAUGCUUUACUCUGUAACAUUUCUAUACGUGACGAAAAAGAAGUCCAGCAUAAGACAGCUGGUCAGGAGUUGGCUUCGGUUCCCCGAAGAGAAGAAAUAAACUUUCAAGAGGCAAGUUCCUCAGGCAGUGCCUUAUUUUCAAAUACCGUUUCCCCUCCAGAACUUCGCCAACGAAUACAGGCUGCGGAGAUCUCAAAAUCUGUUAGUAAAAGCAAAAAACUAGGCAAUUCAUCCAACAGCAUGCCACAUGUAGCAUCCCCAACAGCUAAAUUUUUUGUUAGCACUCCAUCUCGGCCCAGUUGCAAAAGUCAGCUGGAUUCUUCAGAAAAGCAUGAAGAGACUGUUUUCUCUAAGGCUACAGAAGGAGAUAAUAAUGUAGAAUUUGGUGCAUUUGUGGGUAAGUAUAAAAAAGUAAAUUCUGAAUGUCCUGAAGUCAUUAUUAGCUGCUCUUAUCCUCUUGCUUCUGGCUCUGCUUGCCUUGCUUUCACCCAACCUUGUGUUGAAAAUGGAGGAUACAUUAAUUGUGGUUUUAUUCAUGAUGAGAGUGACACUAAUGAUAACUACAGCUGCAGAGUUGACAAAUGUGAUCACCAGUCCUCUGUCAACUUUUCGAAGAACAGCCCCCAAGCGAAGUUCUCUUUGUCAACUGGCAACUUGACAUCAGCAGUCAACUGGAAACAUGGAAAAUUGAAUAUUAAAGAUGAACUUUCCAAAAGUCAGCAUAUCCAUGCAAUGGAACUACAAAGCCAAGAUUUAUGUUCUAACAUCCUUAUGGGACUGCUUCAUAAACUGUGGACCAAAUCUAAGCCACAAGGUCACAGAGACAGCAUGGAGUUACAGCGGUUUAAAGAGGCAGCAAGCAAAAUUAAAGACAGAAGUACCGAUAUUGAGGAGCAACAGGAAGACUUCAAAAAAGCUAUACUGGAAGGCAUAGAGACAACCAGACUUCAAGGUCUUCAAACUGACUGUGGUCUAAGACAGUCUAGUUCUUGUGGUGGGUUCACUGACCCUCUGGGAGUCCAUUCAGAGCAAUUAUACAGCAAGAGUAGAAGAGCAUCGAGUGAAGACACUCAGCAAGUAGACUCUAAAGCAGCGUUACUGACGGAUUGGUUGCAAGGUAGACCUUCAAAUAGUAGUCAAAUGCCGUCUGAAGAAGAUGCAUUGGAUGCUGUAGAAAGAAAUAACUUGAUGAGAUUGUCACAGAGCAUUCCAUUCACUCCUGUGCCUCCAAGAGGUGAACCAGUCACUGUGUAUCGCCUCGAAGAAAGUUCUCCCAGCAUCUUGAACAACAGCAUGUCUUCCUGGUCGCAACUGGGACUCUGUGCUAAAAUUGAAUUUUUAAGUAAGGAGGAGAUGGGAGGAGGUUUACGUCGAGCUCUUAAAGUAGUAUGCACGUGGUCAGAAUAUGAUAUCCUGAAAUCAGGACAUCUUUAUAUCAUCAAGUCUUUUCUUCCUGAAGUUGUGAAUACUUGGUCAAGCAUUUAUAAGGAGGACACUGUGUUACACCUGUGCUUAAGAGAAAUUCAGCAGCAGAGGGCAGCACAGAAGCUCACCUUUGCUUUCAAUCAAAUGAAGCCCAAAUCCAUUCCAUACUCUCCAAGGUUCUUGGAAGUUUUCCUGUUAUAUUGCCACUCUGCUGGCCAGUGGUUUGCAGUCGAAGAGUGCAUGACAGGGGAGUUUAGAAAAUACAACAACAAUAACGGUGAUGAAAUAAUUCCAACUAACAUGCUAGAGGAGGUUAUGCUAGCUUUCAGCCAUUGGACAUACGAGUAUACAAGAGGAGAAUUGUUGGUACUAGAUCUGCAAGGUGUUGGAGAAAAUCUGACAGAUCCUUCUGUGAUAAAAGCUGGAGAAAAAAGGUCAUACGAUAUGGUGUUUGGUCCAGCCAAUUUGGGAGAGGAUGCAAUAAAAAACUUCAGAGCAAAGCAUCACUGUAAUUCCUGUUUCUGCAGGAAGCUUAAACUUCCUGAUCUGAAGAGGAAUGAUUACACACCUGACAAGAUCAUAUUCCCUCAGGAUGAUUCCCCUGAAUUGACGAUUCAGCCUGGAAGCUGCACCAAAGAAUCAGAUUCAGCUAAUUCUAUUCGUCUGAUGCUCUAG